GCCCACCCCGGGGUGGCUGCUGCAUCCUACGCUGUCUCUUCCACCGCUUGCCUUCCUCCGAGCCAGAGCCCGGGCCGGAGCCUGAGCGGCAGCCGGCCCGAGGAGGGGCUCCAGAGCCUCGGCGGCGGGCGGGCGAUGCUGCAGCUGCCUGAUCAGCCAUGGAGGCCGAAGCAGGCGGCCUGGAGGAGCUGACGGACGAGGAGAUGGCGGCGCUGGGUAAGGAGGAGCUGGUGCGGCGCCUGCGGCGGGAGGAGGCGGCGCGCCUGGCAGCGCUGGUGCAGCGCGGCCGCCUGAUGCAGGAGGUGAAUCGGCAGCUGCAGGGUCACCUGGGCGAGAUCCGUGAGCUCAAGCAGCUUAACCGGCGCCUGCAGGCGGAGAACCGGGAGCUGCGCGAUCUCUGCUGCUUCCUGGACUCGGAGCGCCAGCGGGGACGGCGUGCAGCGCGCCAGUGGCAGCUCUUCGGGACCCAAGCAUCCCGGGCGGUGCGCGAGGACCUGGGUGGCUGUUGGCAGAAGCUAGCCGAGCUGGAAGGCCGCCAGGAGGAGCUGCUGCGGGAAAACCUGGCGCUUAAGGAGCUUUGCCUGGCACUGGGCGAAGAGUGGGGCCCCCGCGGUGGCCCUGGCGGCGCUGUGGGCUCAGGCGCCGGGCCCACACCCGAGCUCGCCCUGCCCCCGUGCGGACCCCGUGACUUAGGCGAUGGAAGUUCCAGCACUGGCAGUGUGGGCAGCCCAGAUCAGUUGCCUCUAGCCUGCUCCCCCGAUGACUGAGGGCGCCGCAUUUUCCACGCCAACGCCUGCCCGAGUUGCUCCGUGAGCGCGGAGACUGCUGUGGACCUCUAGACCUGGUCGCUGCUUCAGCUGAGCACCAGGGCGCUGGCAUGGACUGAAAAAGCCCUGGUACUGAGGAAGACCCCUUGCUCUUGCUGGCAGAGCAGUAGGGGAAUGGAGGCUGAAGUGGAGGGACUUGCUGGGUGGUUGGGUGGGGACUAAUAAACUGGGAAGGAAGCAGAGCCCGAAGCCUGGCCAGCCUGUGUCUGGAACUCGCCGGGGUUGGGAAGAGGGCGGAAAUCCAAAGACGCGGUGCAGUUCCCAUCCGGAGGGACUGCAGAACUAAGGGCUGACUCCUCAUUACCAGGAGUUUGGGGUGGGAUUUAGGGCAGUGGUAGACCACUUACUCCCCCGAUGGGCGCCGAGACAAGCCGAAAUCCGGCCCCUGAAGUGGCUCCCGCUCCCUUCCAGGCUCCUUCCUGUCCAAAACAAUGGGGCAGGAAGCAGGUGUUGGGGGCCUAAAGCCCACUGGCUGCCUGUUCGGAAGGUGGAAUGGUAUAACAUGGUCUCACCCCACCCCCAGUCCUUAAGACAGGAACAGUUUAGGUCCCCAAGGGGAAAAACUGAUAAUCUUGUUUGCUUGCACUCCGGAACAUUCUCAGUCUUUCAGCACAGGAGACGACGCAGAGCCCCAUUCUUCAGAUGAGAAUAUCGAAGUCUAAAAAUAUAUGGUAGUUUCUUCAAGGUCACAGCAGAGACUGGACCCUAGAGCUCCUGUUCCAAACGGUCUCCUUUAGUCUCUGGCUCCAACAUGACAAUUCAGACUAGAGCUUCAAGCCUUUUAUUCCAUUUUGGAAGGGUUUGUAUAAAAAUAGUCUCUUUAGGAAAAUAAAUAGCAGCUGCCCUUGA